AUGUCAGCCGAAAGAAGCGCAGAUGUCAACGGCAAGGCGCCAGUCCAGCCACCUACUAACCCUGCCCGCGCACCUGGUGCGGGUCUGGUUAAUGUGCAACCAGCUCGCUUGGACGAUCUGCAACCCAAGUAUGCGCAGCAAAUCCAGCACGGUGAAGAUAACCCCGAUGCGCACGGAUGGUACGCUUCAUUCAUUCACGGGCUUGGUGAAUGUCUUGGUUGCCUGGGUGCCAUUCCAUGCUGUAUCUGCUGCCCCAACCCCUUCAAACCAGUCGCGCAGGGUGAAGUCGGCCUGAUCACGAGAUUCGGAAGAUUCGAACGUUCCGUCGAUCCCGGUCUGGUCAAAGUGAACCCACUGAGCGAGCAUCUUACAGCGGUGGAUGUUAAGAUUCAGAUCGUCGAAGUGCCCCGUCAGAGCUGCAUGACCAAGGACAAUGUCAACCUGAACCUCAGUUCCGUGAUCUACUACCAGAUCAUAUCUCCCCACAAAGCCGCAUUUGGUAUUUCCAAUGUCCGCCAGGCCCUGGUGGAGCGUACUCAGACUACACUGCGUCAUGUCAUCGGCGCAAGAGUUCUGCAGGACGUUAUUGAACGCCGUGAAGAGAUCGCUCAGUCGACUUCGGAGAUAAUCGAGGACGUUGCUGGUGGAUGGGGUGUCCAGGUUGAGUCCAUGCUCAUCAAGGACAUCAUCUUCAGCGAAGACUUGCAGGACUCUCUUUCUAUGGCUGCGCAGUCGAAGCGUAUCGGUGAAAGUAAGGUUAUUGCUGCUCGUGCUGAAGUCGAGUCGGCCAAAUUGAUGCGUCAGGCCGCUGAUAUCUUGUCCUCUGCACCUGCGAUGCAAAUCCGCUAUCUCGAGGCGAUGCAAGCCAUGGCCAAGACAGCCAACAGCAAGGUCAUCUUUUUGCCGGCAAUGAACCAGACUGUGCAGCAACAAAUGGCUGCGGCAGAGAAUGCUGGCGAAGGCCCUAGUCGAUACCAACAGCCUGAUGAUGGAUUCCAGCGUGCAAUGAAUGCGCGCGUGGUCGAAGACAUCUAG